UCUCAGUCCACCGCCGGCGCCGCGUCCUCUCCGCUGGGCUGCUGAGGACAGAGGACCGACUCACAGCGGAAACUUCUGCAAGGGGACGCGGGAAGGCUUUCCUCCUGUGGUUACUGAAUGGUGUCUCUUCUAUAAGGCAACAGAGAGGACUGACUUCUACUACUGCUUAGCCCCUGGAGAAGUCCGCCCAGGUGUUUUCUUCUUCUAUGAGGAUUUCCACAAGAUCCAUCACCACUUGUUGACCGACACGCAGCAGGUGUAGCCGACUCACAGAUAUUUUUGCAGCCAUGGCCCAACAGCUUGCUGAGCUGUCCCACUGCUAGGCAACGGGGCAUCCGACAGGGCAGGAGACAUGUUGGGACAGAGGCCCGGGGACCACUGCACUGAAAUCUGUUACUAUAGCAAAUACUGUAGUAACCAUGGAAACGCUAUGGAAGACUGGUCUGGUCUGCAUUGUCAUUGUUGUCAUGGUUGCCAUGGAGGUCGCAGAAGGUCACAGAGAUGAGUUUACUCAGUCACAAGCUGCUUUCCUGUCCAGCCUAGACCAGUAUGAGAUCGCCAUCCCUAUACGUGUAGGACCUAAUGGAGAGAUGCUGGAUGAAGAAAAGACGCACUACCACCGAAGAAGACGACGCAGCGCUGAAGAAAGGCUGCCUGACUCUCUCUUUUACCAGCUUUCCACAUCUCGAAACAACUUCCUGCUCAACCUAACACUGCAGGGAGGCCUGCUGUCCCGGCAGUUCAGAGUAGAGUACUGGAAAAGGGGUCGAUUAGCCUGGAGUCACCCCUACUCUCCCCACUGCCACUACACAGGACACCUCCAAGACCAACCUCACUCCAGCAAAGUGGCCCUGAGCAAUUGUAACGGCUUGCAGGGGGUGAUUGUUGCAGGGGGAGAGGAGUACCUGAUUGAACCCCUUGUCUCACCAGAUAACCAAACGAAGAUGGAGAGUGGGGAGAGAACAGAGGGGCGCCCCCAUGUGGUUUACAAGCGCUCAUCGCUCCGCCAUCAGUACAAGGGCCGGUCCUGUGGGGUCAUUGAUGAAAAGCCAAUGAAAGGUGCGUCAUGGUGGCAGCGGACUCUAAAAACGCCUCCUCAUCAUGUCGGCCGAGGUCAGCUGCCUUUGAAGCGCUCAGUCAGCCAGGAGCGCUACGUGGAGACACUGGUGGUAGCUGACAAGAUGAUGGUGGGUUACCACGGGCGCAGGGACAUUGAGCAGUACAUCCUGGCUGUCAUGAAUAUUGUUGCCAAACUGUUCCAGGAUUCUAGCCUGGGGAAUGCAGUCAACAUUGUGGUGACACGGCUCAUCCUGCUCAUGGAAGACCAGCCAACACUAGAAAUCAACCAUCAUGCAGGGAAGUCUUUAGACAGCUUCUGUAAGUGGCAGAAGACCAUCCAGCACCGGAGCAGCUACGGGAAUGCCAUACCAGACAACGGCAUCGCUCACCAUGACACCGCUGUGCUCAUCACCAGGUAUGACAUCUGCAUACAAAAGAAUAAGCCCUGUGAAACCUUAGGUCUGGCUCCAGUAGGAGGGAUGUGUGAACCAGAGAGGAGCUGCAGCAUCAAUGAGGACAUUGGCUUGGGAACAGCUUUCACUAUCGCCCAUGAGAUCGGACAUACGUUUGGGAUGAACCAUGACGGUAUGGGGAAUGCCUGCGGGCCCCGCAGCCAGGAGACCGCCAAGCUGAUGGCUGACCACAUCACCAUGAAGACAAACCCAUUCAUCUGGUCCGCCUGCAGCCGGGAUUACAUCACCAGCUUCCUGGACUCAGGCAUGGGCUCGUGUCUAAACAACAUACCUCCAAAGCAGGAGUUUGUGUACCCUACCACAGCACCGGGUCAGGCCUACGACGCAGACGAACAGUGCCGAUUCCAGUACGGCGUCAGAUCUCGGCAGUGUAAAUAUGCGGAAGUCUGCAGUGAACUUUGGUGCAUGAGUAAGAGCAACCGCUGCAUCACCAGCAGCAUUCCUGCCGCAGAGGGAACCAUCUGUCAGACCAACACUAUAGAAAAAGGGUGGUGCUACAAGAGGGUAUGUGUGGCAUAUGGGACUCGUCCAGAGGGUGUGGACGGAGGCUGGGGUCUAUGGUCGCCCUGGGGGGAGUGCAGCAGGACCUGUGGAGGUGGAGUCUCCUCUUCUGUUAGACACUGCGACAGUCCCAGGCCAACCAUCGGCGGAAAGUAUUGUCUCGGGGAGAGAAAGCGCUUCAGGUCCUGUAAUAUAGAUGAGUGCUCUGCAGGCUCUCGAGAUUUCCGUGAAAUUCAGUGCUCCAACUUUGACAACAGUCCUUUUCGGGGAAAGUUUUACACCUGGAAACCUUACAGAGGAGGUGGGGUGAAGCCAUGCUCGCUCAACUGUCUAGCAGAGGGUUACAACUUUUACACAGAACGUGCUCCUGCUGUGGUGGACGGCACUCCGUGUCGAGACGACUCUCUGGAUGUGUGUGUGAAUGGAGAGUGUAAGCACGUAGGUUGUGAUCGUGUACUCGGCUCUGACGUACGUGAGGAUCGCUGCCGGAUCUGUGGGGGUGACGGGAGCAGCUGUGUCUCUGUAGAGAGAGUCUUCAAUGAUUCGCUGCCAGAAGGAGGAUAUGAAGAGGUGGUCAGAAUUCCUAAGGGAUCAGUGUUCAUUCACAUACAGGAGCUCAACAUUUCCCUCAAUUACCUUGCACUGAAGAGUAAAAGUGACCAGUAUUUUAUCAAUGGAAAGCUGACCAUUGACACACCUCGCAGGUUCAACAUUGCCGGCACCACUUUCCACUACAGGCGGCCCACCGAUGGACCAGAAACUCUUGAAGCUCUGGGUCCAACAAAUAUCACCCUCAUUGUGAUGGUGCUGGUGCGGGAGGAGAACCCAGGGAUCCACUAUCGCUUCAACCCGCCACUCAGCAGAGAUCUCCAGAACGGCUUUGGCUGGCACUACACCUCCUGGUCACAUUGCUCAGCUCUGUGUGCUGGAGGUGUCCAGAUCCAGCAGGUGGUGUGUAAGAAGCAGACAGAUUAUUCGGUCGUCUACAAUCAUUUGUGUGAGAAAAAGAGCAAACCUAAAGAGAAGAGAAGAUCCUGCAACACUGAGCCAUGCUCCCCAACCUGGUGGACAGGAGAAUGGUCGGAGUGCAGUCGCAGCUGUAACGGUGGUCUACGGACUCGGGAGGUGUUAUGCAAAAGAAGGAUUUCUGCAACGGAGGAAAAGGUCCUGGAUGACUCAGCCUGCGUCCCCCUUCGCCCUUCAAUCACCGAGCCCUGCAGCAACCACAGCUGCCCCCCUGAAUGGCUGGCUCUGGAUUGGUCAGAGUGUACGCCCAGCUGUGGUCCUGGCUACAGGCACCGUGUAGUAUUGUGUAAGAGCGGGGAGAGCGGGGACACAUUACCAGAAUCAAAAUGCCCCAAAUAUGGCCGACCCACCUCCAGAGUGCGCUGUAACCUGAAGCGCUGCCCUCCCCCACAGUGGGUGACUGGUCCCUGGGGAGAGUGUUCUGCCAAGUGUGGUCUGGGUCAGGAGAUGCGUUCGGUGCAAUGUCUGGCUCAUACUGGCCAGCCAUCCAAUGAGUGUCUGGACCAUCACCGGCCUGCAGCCAUGCAGCAGUGCAAGAGCAAAUGUGACUUCAGUCUGCCCAUCAGUACGGACAACCCUGAAGGUCAGAGGACAAAUUUCAGUGCUGAGUGUAAAGAUGUGAACACUGUGGCCUACUGCCCCCUGGUGCUCAGGUUCCAGUUCUGCAGCCGGCCAUAUUUCAGACAAAUGUGCUGCAAGACCUGCCAGGGACAUUGACACUACGAAAUUCACAGCAUCCACCUUUGGGUCCUUGUACACUUCCACCGUAAACCUGAAAGCUUCCCACUGAGCCUCAGAACAGCAGCCUUCACAGUGCCUCUGUCAGAAGAGUGCAGGAUCUGACUGGGAUGCUGACAUACGGACGCCAGGUACUCUUAAUCAUCCAGAGGGACUCUUUUUCUUCACCGAAAAUUCAGAUCAGACUUUUCUGGGCCAAAGCAGCCUGAGCUGAGUUUAAACAUUCCACUGGAGGGGGAGCUGCUAGAAACCUGAACUUUCCCUUUGUUGUAAUAUUUUGGUGCUACUUUUUCGCUUUGGCCACAGGGCUGAUCGCAGUUCUACUUGUCUUUACUUGAGUGGCCUAAUAGUUUAACCUGAUCUCUUAAACCUGUAUGUUGGCAGGUGAUAUUUAAUCUGUUCUGAGUUUUUAAAAACCCACUUUAUAAAGAAAAUUAUUUUCUGGAUAUUUUUGCCCAUGAAAAGGAAAAACUUAUGCUAUGACUUCUGCUAGUUAUUACUUGACCACAUUGUUUCAUGUUAUUCUUUGAUUGCAUUGUAUUCACCAAGUCCUCGCUGUUAUGCUGUCGUAUGAGCAGAGUUCGAUUUGCACGGAGAGUCUACAGUCACAAGACGUAUGUCUUUUAUGUUUGUUGUCAUGUGAUUCAACUUGAUGUCUCUGUGGAAGCUAUAAAUGUGUCAAUGAAGUAAAUCUGCCACAGUCUUGCCAUUCUGGAUCAUUUGCUAACCGGCUAUUGCCUCUACAGUAUAACACUGCUUCAGGCUGCACAGAACUGUAAUAAUGUGAGCAGUAUAUUUUUAGAUCACAGGAUAUUAGUUUGUGUUGUUGCUGCACUGUGGCAGCUUGUGCAAAAAGUCUUCAGAAAGGAACAAAAUGUUGUAAAAAAGUCCCUCAGUUCAGCCUUGCUGUUAUAAUAAUAAUAAUUAUUAUUAUUAUUGUUACCAUAUGUUUAAAGGUGUGCAUAAUGUGUGAGCAGACAUUCAGAGCACAGUGAGCCAGAGUGAGUCAGUUCUGGCUGCAGGAAGAGGCCCUAUAAGGAUGAGUGACGACCCCUGAUCAUAGUGCUUUCAAGCAAACAGCAAUGCCAAUCUGAGGGCUUUACUCCUGUAAAAUAUCUUAAUCUUCUUCUGUUUGCUUUUAAGAUAAGAUAUAAUAUACUUUAUUAUCCCUGUCGGAAAUCUUGUCUUGGACUUAAAUGCUGCUCACACCUACAGCAAAAGACAAUGAUCAUUAAAAUAUUGUGCAUAUUUGCCUAGUCUGUGUCGAGGAUACGAUGGAUCAACCAGCAUCUUCUAAGCUGAUCUGUUGUCUGAAAACAUGUGGCUUAUAAAACUAUGGUAUGGAGUAUUCACUCCAGUGUUCACUCAGCUUUUUGUCUCCAACAUCUCCCAAGAGAGAAAUAUUAGACCCUCUAAUGUUCACCUUCUAGUUGCUAAGUGAGUCCAUCUGCUGUACAGUGGCUCUGAGUGAAUUCCUGCUUGCUGUAGCCAAAACAGCAAAGAAAGCAAUGAGUGGAUCAGAACAGUAACGUUUCAGCUGGAUGACUAAAAUGAGUCCAAACACACUAUAUAACCCAAGCUGAAAGAAUCUGCAGUUAAUAUUUUCUUUAGAUUCAUCGUUGCAAACAACCCUUUUCUCAUUGUUUUGACAUGUUAGCUCAUUAUUUCAUAUAUACAGCUGUUAUAAAUCAUCAGAAGACAUUGUUUAAUGUUUGUUGUGGUAACAGAAGCAAGAAGUAAAAGAUCUUCAGCAGAUCUAAUGAUGCACACGUUGCUUUCUGUGUGAACUAUGUCAGCUUUUUCUUUUUAAAGACCUGUGUGUAAAUAUGAGGCUGAAAAAUAUCACUGUUGUUUAUUCAGCCUGGCAUCUGACCCAAGAUUGUGUCUUACUGAUUCUUUCGUAUUAGUUGCAGGGAUGUUUUGUCAAGAGACGCUGUUUCAGCAGGUUUUCCUUCCUACAAAGAAUAAUUUUAGAAGUGUUGCCUAAGAGGCUCAGAGAUCAGUCAUAAAGUCUUAUGGCAUCACUGUGGUGCCCACUGUGCUCUGAAGGCUGCUCCAGCUUCAUCAUGAUCAUCAACAUGUAACACGAAAUGUCACUUAAUGUUAUUGUGAAGAAAAUGUUUAUACUGUAAGUCUUUGCAGGAUUUUUGCUGCAAUGUUUAUUCCUUUUUGUGGUGCUGUGGUUAUGAAUGGUGCUAUUAGUUCAUUGUUGACUCUGAGUAAUCAGUUCAACAGUUGUUAGUUUGUUGAAUCUUUAAUUGUACCAAUCUGCACAGUUGGCCUGAGGUGUACAACUGCAGCUGCUUAGUCCCUUUCAUCCACCAUGGGGCCAUUUUUAAACUCAUUAGUUAAUUUUUAAACAAAUAGUGCACCUCUGAAUCCCAAAAGGUUGCUCACUACAGACACUUUUGGAGUAUUUCAAAUUAUAAAACAAUCAGGAAAAACAACACAAAUAUGGUUUCCUAAAAGAUUAGGUCAAUAAAAAAUAACCUACAGUACCAAUAAAAAGUUUGGAUAUUAAAUUUAAUGGGAAGAUGUGUCCCAACUUAAUGAAUUAUGAAUGAACAGCAUUAAUGAAAGGAAAUGAAAUGGAAAAAAUACUUUAAACAAUCUAGUUUGGAAAAGGAAUUAGGGUAUUUAUAAAUGACUUUGGCAUACAUUUAAGCAAAUUUGGGGAAACUGCAUUAUGUAUAAAUUCUCAAAUAGCAAAUGUCUGCUAAUUAUCUAUGUGGAGGAAUAUUAAGGUAGAUUUCUAGUGUGUAUUUUCAGUUCUAGACCACAGCCAACUCUGUGUAGAAAUCUGCAGUAUUUGCAGUAGAAAUACUUUCUAUAAACGAGUCAAUAACACAAACUGCUUCAGAAAAUUUAAGACUUUAUUUUAUAACUGGUACUAAGAUUUGGUGACCUGUACACGAGCUUGCUGGGGCCAGAGGUGGAUUAAGUGACCUUUUAACUUGCUGUGGGGAUUUUUCUUUCAAAAUGUGGUCUCACUGCACAUAAGUGUGCUCCAACAGCUAAAAACAUCCACCAAAAAAGUAAAAAUAAUAAGUUCAUUUGAAUAAUAAAAAUGAAAUAUACUGGUUGUUAAUCACACUCAGCCUUCUGUCCUUAAGUGUAUCUACAAGCGUUACAGUUAUUAUGGCUAUGAAAAUAAAGAGGGACCACUUUAAAUGCUGCUGCUGUUUCCUUUUCACAUCACCUUUUAUCAUAGCUGUUGCUGAGUUACAUCAGUUCUCAUGUCACUGUUUUAGUUUCCUUCCUAACUACUGACUGCAACCCACAUUUACACCCACUGAGAUCUGCUCAAAAACACCUUUAAAUUGUUCUGAUGCAUGAUCUCAAUCCAGUUUGAUUGCAUAGUCUUUUUUCACUAACAUAUUUUUUGUCUUAUCUAUCUUAUCUAACGGAUUCAGUUCUGCUAAUGCCAGGUGUAAAUUAUGGAUCA